CACAACCACAACUCGAGGGUCGGGAUUGAGAUCUCGAAAAGAAAGUGGCUCAUUACACGAAAACCCCACGCGCUCCCGAUAGGAAUUUUUUUUAAAAAGCACAGAGAAUACUGACACGGGAGCCCCCGGCAUUUUCGUCGUGGAAACUAGCCAUGUCGCGCGCGACAUCGUCCGCCAAUCCCGACGCGGAUCGCGCCGCCGAGGUCCUCCGCGCCCUCCAAGAGCUCGAGUCCGGCUCCGCCCCCGGCGAGGAAUACACCAUCCUCAAACUCAGCGAACCCAUAUUGUCGGCGCAGCCGUCAAGCAAGGGAGCGGGCGAGGGCGAGGGAGGGGCGGCCAACCGCAGGUCGGACGUGUCGACCGCGUCGCUCGACAGCGGCAGCGGCAGCGGCAGCGGCAGCGGCGACAGGGGGCCGACGCCGGCGUCGCUCGAGGCCGACCUGGCGCACUACCGCGAGCUCUUCGCCAAGCUCCGCUUCUCGUACGUCGAGCAGGUCACCAAGGAGAAGUUCAUCCGCGCCAUCGUCGGCGACCCGCCGCUGAUCGUGACCCCGCACGAGAUCGCCGAGCUCGAGGCCGCCAACGCCCACGCCAAGGCCGCCCUCAAGGCCCGAAAGACCGAGGUCGCCGGCAUGGUCGACGACCUCGAGCGCCGCGCCCGCGACCUCGCCCGCCGCUACGCCGACGUCCGCGCCGGCCGCGACCUGCUGCGCGAGCUGCCCGGCCGGAUCGCGGAGCUGGAGGAGCGCGUGCGGGAGCUGCGGGCGAGGCAGCACCACCAGCAGCACCAGCAGCAGGAGGAUGAUGAUGACGGGGCCCCGGGAGGGGGAAGAAUGUCGACGGCGAUGAUGAACAUGCCGCUGGGGAAGACGAGGGAGCUGGUGGAGCAGCGGAGGCGGGAGCUCGGCGCCGUGGAGCGCGAGCUCGAGGUGCUGGGCGCGCAGGCGCCCCGCAAGAGGAAGGAGAUGGAGCGGCUCGGGGCCGAGGUGGCCGCGCUCGAGAACCGGAGGGCCAACAGCACGGCCGCGGCCAGGGAGGCCAAGAGGAGGAGGGACAACAACGCCCAGGGCGGGGUCGCGGACGAGCUGGAGGCGAGGGGCAGGUGGUACAGGGCCUCGGAGGCGGUCUUGCGGCAGGUUCUGGAUCUUCCGCAAGCGUGA